AUGCACAAGUCGAAAUGGCGAUUGUCCAACCUGAAAACGUCCGUUGGUGUCACGGGUGGACGAAAGGUGGAAGUGGUCGUAGCACUUGGAGUGGUCGUGGUGGUGGUGGUGGUGUCGUUUUUGCUGUUUUUCCAGCAUGUCCCAGACACGCGCGUGUGGCCCAAAGGACUUGAGCUCAAGGAUUGGCACGCCGCUGGCGACAGCCACGACGUGGUUUCGGAGCAUUUCUUUCGCGGCACUACAACGGAUGUAGGAAGCAGGUGGAAGUUCCGCGACAGGCAAAAACCCGCAGAAAAAGUCGACGACAAAGCAGAACUCUUGUUGUCGACUGGUUUUUGUUGGUUCCGGACGGUGCCUUUUGUCCUCCCAAUCGUCGCGGGUAUCCAGCAGCUCGUGGUCAAUUGUGGCCAGCAUUUUUUUUCUUAG